AAUACCACGAAGAUUCCAAAGCACGCCCUUCUUGACUUGACGCCACCCCGAAACGGAACGCGAACCCAAGAUUCCUGGAACCCACCCGCGCUUCAGCACCCAUGGCGACGGCGGCGCGUGCAGUGCACUGCCGGCUGCCGGCAGCGAAGCAGGAGGUGGCGAGGAGGGAGCCGGCCGGCCCGGUCCAGGUCUCGGUGCAGAGGCCGAAGCAGGCGGUGCCCGACGGCGGCAACGGGAAGAUCCUGCUGCAGCCUCGGCUGUGCAACUUGAGGUCCUACGGCUCUGAUCCGGUGGGGAUCAUCAAGAGCAAGAGGGUGGCCGACGGCGGCGGCGGCGAUGCGGUGUCGCCCUUCUUCGAGACGCUGUCGGAGUACAUCGAGAGCUCCAAGAAGAGCCAGGACGUCGAGAUUAUCUCUGGUCGCUUAGCCAUGAUUGUCUUCGCAGCGACAGUGGCGGAGGAGGCGGUGACUGGAAACUCCCUGUUCAGGAAGAUGGAUGUCCAAGGAAUCGCUGAAGCAGCAGGGGUGUGCUUCGGAGCUGUCGCCUGCGCCGCGUUCUUUGCUUGGUUCUCCAGUGCCCGAACCAGAGUAGGCCGCAUCUUCUCUCUCAGUUGCAACACACUGAUCGACUCCCUCAUCGACCAAAUCGUUGAUGGGCUGUUCUACGAAAGUGAGCUCAGUGAUUGGUCAGACGAUAUCUGAAGCAAGGAUUGGACAACGCAGGAUCAUGCGGCACGCUAUUUGAGGUUUCCGGGAUUCCUCGUAGCCCUUCUCUUGUGUGUGAAAAUUGUAGUUGCUAUAUAUACCAAGAAAGUUGAAAAGAACUGCGAGAAUGAGAAGUCGAGCUAGGGAUUGGGCAUAUGGUAUAAUUCGCUGCAAGUAAUGAUAUUGGCAUGCAAAGGAACAAAGUUUCGAGGCGGAAUUCGAUGCCGUCGCAAAAGAGCUGAUACUGCAAUCUGAUAUAGUUGGGUUGGGGUGUAAUAUAAGAUGUGAUUAGGUGAUUAGAUAUGUAAACAGCAUAAUUUGCUCUUGAGUGUUAAAAAUGGAGGUUAUAGUACACUUGCUAGUGAUUUCGAUGUUGAUUGGCAA